AUGGAAAACCAGAGCUGUGUGACGGAGAUAGAACUGCUGGGAUUCUCUGAUUUCCAGUCCCUGCAAGUCCUGCCCUUCGUGGUGGUGUGCUCCUUCUAUGUCCUGGCCCUGGUGGGGAACACUCUGAUUGUGAUCCUCACCAUCACUGACUCUGCGCUCCACACCCCCAUGUAUUUCUUCCUCAGGAAUUUAUCCUUCCUGGAAAUCUGCUACACCUCAGUCACCCAGCCCAAGAUGCUGGUGAACCUAUUGUCGGACGCCCAGACUAUCUCCUUCGCAGGCUGUGGGGCUCAGAUGUGUUUCUUCAUCCUCUUCGGCAUCACGGAGUGCUGCCUUCUCUCAGUCAUGGCCUACGAUCGGUACGUGGCCAUAUGCAACCCGCUGCGGUACACUAUUGUUAUAAACCAGAGCGUCUGUGAUCAGAUGGCAACCGCCAUUUCUUCUGUGACGUCUUUAUCCUUCCUGGAAAUCUGCUACACCUCAGUCACCCAGCCCAAGAUGCUGGUGAACCUAUUGUCGGACGCCCAGACUAUCUCCUUCGCAGGCUGUGGGGCUCAGAUGUGUUUCUUCAUCCUCUUCGGCAUCACGGAGUGCUGCCUUCUCUCAGUCAUGGCCUACGAUCGGUACGUGGCCAUAUGCAACCCGCUGCGGUACACUCUCGUUAUAAACCAGAGCGUCUGUGCUCAGAUGGCAGCAGGUUCCUGGGCCUUCGGCGUCCUGGUGGGUUGUGGACACACCAUUUCCAUAUUCCAGCUGCCUUUCUGUGGCUCUAAUCGAAUCAGCCAUUUCUUCUGCGACGUCUUCCCUGUGCUGAGCCUGGCCACCACGGACACGCACAAGAAUGAAGCGGCUGUCACUUCCACCACCGUGAUCUUCAUCCUGGUCCCGUUUUUGCUCAUCCUCUUGUCCUACGGCCUCAUCAUCUCCACCAUCCUGAAGAUGCCCUCUGCCGAGGGCCAGCGCAAGGCCUUCUCCACUUGCUCCUCCCACCUCAUCGUGGUUUCUCUCUUCUACGGGACUGGAACGUUUAUUUAUAUGCAGCCCAGUACAGAACAGUCCCAGGGCAGUAACAGGUUCUUUUCCCUAGUAUACACCGUGCUGACUCCAACAUUUAACCCAAUUAUUUACAGCCUGAGGAACAAGGAGAUAAAAUGUGCCGUCAGAAAUACAAUAGGUAGGAAAAGGUUCCCUCAGGUGUACUGCAAGUUAGCCCUUGGUAAGCUGCUGCCACUAUAUUUACCUGCACCUUCACAGAUCCCGUCCGCCACCAGGCGGUGGAAGGCCUUUUCCACCUGCUCCUCCCACCUCAUCGUGGUGACCGUGAUCUACGGAACGCUGAUCAUCGUGUACCUGUCUCCGAAAACCCCCACGCUCCGAGACCUGAACAAAGGGAUCUCCGUCUUCUACACCAUCCUGACUCCUCUGGUCAACCCCAUCAUCUACAGCCUGAGAAACAAAGAUAUCAAGGAGGCCAUGGGGCAGGUUGUGAAUAAAUGUGUGGCCUUGACAAGAGAUCAGAGAUGUCCUCCUAUGUCUCCCACACUUCGGGAUCCCCUCAUCUACGCUUUCCUAUGUCCAAAGAAAGAGGAGAGCCUACAGAACUCUGACUUCGACUCCCAUGGCUCCCUUGACAGUGGGGGACAUAUCCCGCCCUCAUCUUCAGAUUUAUAA